AUGGCCUGCUCGUGCUCCGGCCUCAUCUCGCUCAUCGUGCUGUUUGCGGCCGUGGUGCUCAAUAUCGUGGCCUUCUCGCUGCCGCUCUGGACCACAAGCACGACCGUGAACGAGUCGCUGCAGAGCACAGUGGACAGCUCCGACUUCGCCGCGGGCGUCUGGGGCUUCUGCACGGACGUAGAGUUCUCGUCGGCCAGCGACGGCGCCAACGCCAGCGCGUCCUUCGACCACUGCUACCUCUUCCACACGUCCUCCAAGUACGACGUGACGGAGCUGGACUCGGACCUCAUGUCCAACUUCUCGGACUACAGCGUGUGCGAUGGCUACAGUCGCGCCGGGGACGAGAGCGACGCCACGCAGCUCGCGUUCGCCGCGGCACUGGCCACCACCGCCGGCAUGGACGCCACGCAGUUCGACAAGUUCCUCCACAAGUCGUGCGGAGCUCUGGGAAGCGCCACGCUGGCCUUCGGAGGCAUCAGCAUGAGCGCGGGCGCACUGUCCUUCGUGGCGCUCGCGCUCGGUAUCACGUGCUGCAAGCGCCGCUCCAUCUUCGUGCUGGGCGGCAAAGUUUUCGUGGGCAUCGCACUCAUAUCGACGGUGCUCACGUUCGCGCUGUGGAUCCCGCAGGCGCACCCGCUCGGCAAGGCGGACGACGUGACGCUCAACGGAUCCUUCAUCCUCAGCGUCAUUAGCGCCGUGCUCUACAUGAUCGCUUCCGGACUCGUGGCGCGCCAUGCCGGCAUCAAGGGAUAA